AUGAAAACUCGCCGUCCGCACACUCCUUCCGCCGCCGCAACCGUAAUUCCCUCCUCCCUUCUUCUAAUCCUAACAACAACAUGUCUCCUUCUUCUCUCUUUCUCAAUUCCCUCUCAGUCCGAAGUCAUCACUUUAACCUCCGACACCUUCUCCGAUAAGAUUAAGGAGAAAGAUACUGCGUGGUUUGUGAAAUUCUGCGUUCCCUGGUGCAAGCACUGCAAGAACUUGGGCUCUUUGUGGGAUGAUGUGGGGAAGGCUAUGGAAAAUGAAACUGAAAUAGAGAUUGGAGAAGUUGAUUGUGGCACGGAUAAAGCUGUUUGUACUAAAGCUGAUAUUCACUCGUAUCCGACGUUUAAGGUUUUCUAUGACGGAGAAGAAGUUUCCAAAUAUCAAGGUAAAAGGGAUGUUGAAUCAUUGAAAACUUUUGUUUUGGAUGAAGCUGAAAAGGCAGCAACAAAAGCACAUCAAGCACAUCUCGACAGUGAUAAAGAAUUGUAA